CAAACUGGCAGCCCUCCAGCUUUUGUGAAGUUACAAGUCCCAUCAUGCCUCUGCCUUUGGGUGUCAUUAUUUUUUUAACCAUUAGCCGCCCGGCCUAUAGCAGUUUGGCGGCGGCAAAAAAUGCAUCAGCUUUCCGAGUGCACGCCAUUUGGCGUGCUCCCGCACAUGCGAAGUUCGCGCGGUUGCAGAGCCGCGCAGCGGCGCGAUCUGUCACCGGCCGUGUACCUCGGACACAGCCGAUGACAGAUCUGAGUACCGGCCCCCGUUGCCGGUACCAU